UGUUGCAUCAUUCUCAGCAGUAUAUUUCAUAAUAGGCCUAUUGAACACUGUACAGGUGUACAGACAAUCCUUUCCAGUUGUCUUCCACAACUCGUUUAGUCCUCAGCACCAUUAGGAGAUAUCAGUCAGCAUAUCUCAAGUAAAGCGCUUUAUUGCGCUUUGCCUUUUGGUGCGUUCCCAAAAAGCACCACUUUUACGCUUCUUUACGCACAAACCAAAUACAACUUUUGGAUACGAUGUUUUUAGUCCAUUUGAGACUAAAUGUGUAUAUGGUUUCCAUAGUUUGCAUUACAAAAACAUAGUGAUUCUUUCAGGUAGCAGUGGCUUUCCAGAGUUGACAGUAGGCUUCAGACGACUAGAGGCAGAGAGGCGCACAGCUUUACAUAGCCCACUGUCUCAAUGCAAUGUUAGUGAAAAGCUACCGAUUGCAUCAAAUCUGCCUUGAUUCCCUUUUGAUUUCUUGUAUUAGGACAUGAGAAUGUCGACCAUUAGACCACUGAAAACCUCCAGCUUGUUGACCAAAGCGAAUGUGUCAGAAAUGAAGAGGCGCUAUGCCGAGGCUGUUGUGUCUACUGAGAGGGGUAUGGUCGGUGCGAGUGUGUAGAGCGUGUGACACUGAUGGAUGCGCCAAUGGUUAGACGGACAGAUGCUUGGGCGGAUCUAACGGUAUGCAGUGGUGUAGUGGCAUACGCAGCGAGAUUAGGCUAAAACAUCCGGAAUCAGUGAAAGACUGUUCUUUCUCGUCCCCCAACAAGCCUGGCGAACGGAGAGGAGAUCUUGUUGCUAUCGAGCGACUCCCCUGCCGGUCAGAUAUUUCUGACUAUUGACUAGCAUGAGACUGGGAAACCACGACACGGCAAAGACACGGACACACACAUCUGGCAGAAGAAAAAAAAAUCCUUUGACAACUUACCGUGUUCUGGUUUUCGAGAAAAUAAUUUGCGCCCACAGUCAUAACCUUUGCAGCAGACAGCGGACCAAUUGUAUUCGAUCUUGAAGAUGAUCUGAAAAAGAUGGACAAUUUAUCCACUUUCCCCCUAAAUAAUACAGAAAAUUAUCUGUAAGUUUUUUCUUUACUGCGAGGGAAACAUUUUAAAGAAAAAGCUGAUAGUGUCUGUGAUGGUCCCAAAUCUGAAGGAUGGGGCUGUGUGCAUCAUUUUGAUCUUACCGUUAAAAAAACUAGCUUAUUAUUCUUUCCAUUCUGUAUCAACAAAAACAAGGAGAGCGCAUGAUUCGGAUUUUGUGCCUGACUCACUUGAACAGAAGAAGGGAUCUUGCAGUAAGGAAGACUCGUCUGAUUCGCUGUUGCCGUUUUAAAUAGCUGCUAUCAGCCACACAAAGAAGGGGGAAAAGUGCUAUUAGCAGCCAAGAAAGUGUUUGGCAAUAGCUGCUGAUCCAUGCUCUCAGAGCAGCUGAGGCACAGCACGAGUCCAUCCCCUCCUUCUGAUGUACAUUAUUACAACAAGGGAUACCCAAUCAAGCACGUAUCUCAUCGAUUCGAACUGCUCUCAGUGGAUUUUGAACGCGCUUGGACAAAAUAACGGAGCGAGACAGCGUGUGGGCGACAAGUCCGUCCAUCUCUUCUUUCAACGUUUGUCUUUAUCGCUCUAUCUUAAAACAAUAUAUAUAUAUAUAUAUUGAUGUUUUAAGGGGACUUGGAAACACUGGGAUUUUCAUGCGAUGGCUACAGCGACGCUGAGAUGCUGCCUUGCUGGUUUUUAAAUUGCGUGUGAUUACCAGAAUCAAACUCCUCAUGGAUAACGCAGUAAAUCAACCGAUUGACUUGCCUGUUGCAGCCUCCAACACGGAGUGAGAAUCACAUUGAGGCUGAAGAUUCCCCCCCCCCCCGCAACUGUACUCCCGGUCUCAAACACACUGUGAUAUCCAAGCCGAACAGGAAAAAGAAGGAAAAAAAACGCUUGUUCUUCUUCAUCUUCAGAUCUACCCUUUCUUCAAUGUCUGCAUUUUUGUUUGAAAACUGCCGAUCUAUGUCAGCCUUCUGAAAGCGCCCCGGGUACCGUGUAAGGAAGCGCCUCUAUCAAAGAAGAGCGGACCAGCUAGGGAUCUCUGGGGCUAGAGAAGAACUCUUCAGAACCCCGAAAUAAGCAUGCCGCGGAGGAAACAGCAAGCGCCCCGGCGUGCAGCAGCGUAUGCCCCUGAGGAUGAGAAGGAGGCUGCCCUGCUCGAUGAGGACCUGGAGGGGGAGGACUCUGCCGGGGAGGAGGAGCCUGCGGUCAAGUACAUGUGCCAAGACAAGGACUUCCUUUUCAAUGACCGGCCUGGUUUCCAUGACUCCCCCGUGGCCGACUUCUCGGGCCAUGAGUUGGACAAUGAGUCUCACCUGAGUGAGUCCAGUGACCGCAUGUCAGACUUUGAGAGUGCCUCUCUCAAAAACGAGGAGGAGGUCGCGAAGGUGCCCCUAACGUCCUUGUCGCCAUCUUCCUCUGUCAUGAUGGCCACCACCACAGCUACAGCCAUGGAGGAUGGCGCCACCACCGGGCCAGACAGCCUGGAGCAGAUGAAGGCCAUCUACACCAGCUUCCUGACCAACUCUUACUGGUCGUCUCUGAACUUCAACCUCACCCAGCCGCCAGCGGUGGAGAAACCUCCACGCAGCCACAGCAGCAGCAGCAGUAGCAGUAGCAGCAGUUGUGGCAGCAAUGGCAAUGGUUACGACUGGCACCAGACCGCCGUGGCCAAGACCCUCCAGCAGGUCUCUCAGAACCAGAACCGGCUCAACCACCCUGCAGCGGAGCAAAACAACCUGUUCAGCACCGUGCAGCUCUACCGUCAGAGCACCAAGCUCUACGGCUCCAUCUUCACAGGUGCCAGUAAGUUCCGCUGCAAGGACUGCAGCGCUGCCUACGACACGCUGGUGGGGCUGACUGUACACAUGAAUGAGACAGGCCACUACCGCGAUGACAACCACGAGACAGACAGCGACGGCACCAAGCGCUGGUCCAAGCCACGCAAGCGAUCCCUCCUGGAGAUGGAAGGGAAAGAAGAUGCUCAGAAGGUCCUGAAGUGUAUGUACUGUGGACAUUCCUUUGAGUCUCUGCAGGACCUCAGUGUCCACAUGAUUAAGACAAAACACUACCAGAAAGUGCCUCUGAAGGAGCCAGUGACUCCUGUGGCAGCCAAGAUCUUCUCCUCCGCCCGUAAGAGAGCCCCCAUCGAGCUCGACCUCCCCAGCUCCCCAGACUCCAACGGGGGCACCCCCAAAACCUCCCUAAAUGACCAUAAUGACCCCCUACAGAAGGCAUCCAACCCCUACAUCACCCCAAAUAACCGUUACGGCCACCAGAAUGGAGCCAGCUAUGCAUGGCAGUUCGAGUCCAGGAAGUCCCAGAUCCUGAAAUGCAUGGAAUGUGGCAGCUCUCACGAUACACUUCAGGAGCUUACAGCACAUAUGAUGGUGACCGGUCACUUCAUCAAGGUCACAAACUCUGCCAUUAAGAAAGGCAAGCCCAUCAUGGAGUCUCCCCCGCCCGUCCCCACCAUCUCUGCCGGUGAGGAGAAAUUCCAGUCUGUACCACUGGCAGCCACAGCAUUCUCCCCACCUCCUCCCCCCAUACCUCCCCCCUCUAGUGUUUCCCCUGCCAUGGCUGUGGAGAUUAAGAAGGAGGAGAAGGAAGAGGAAUGUAUGAAGGAAACCACUAACAGCAGCAAAGACAAGAAGACCGGAGAUGACGAGACAGAGGAGAAAUUCGAUAUCUCCUCCAAAUACUCUUACUUAACAGAGGAGGAUCUAGAGGAGAGCCCUAAGGGAGGGUUUGACAUCCUCAAGUCCUUGGAGAACACAGUGACAUCAGCCAUCAACAAAGCACAGAACGGUGCUCCCAGCUGGGGAGGCUACCCCAGCAUCCAUGCUGCAUACCAGCUUCCAAACAUCAUGAAGCUUUCACUGGCCAACUCAGGGAAGAGCUCAGCUCUGAAGUACAUGUUCCCCGGAGGAGAGAUCCUGUCCCAAAACGCCAAAAACCAACCUCUGAUCUCCCCGCCCAGCCGUCAGACCUCUCCUCUCCCCAAAAACAACUUCCACGCCAUGGAGGAGCUGGUGAAGAAGGUGACUGAGAAAGUAGCCAAGGUGGAGGAGAAGAUGCGGGAGCCCAGUGUAAGGGCGUCCCCACUGAGACGAACCACACCCUCCCCCUGCAGCAGCGAGGCCGGGGAGUCAGCCAGAGGGGAGUCCCCUAAAGAGAGGAGAGGGUCUAAAACCCCCGAGAGCAUCGGAGGAGGCAGCCACAAAGACUGUAACGGUGACACCAAUAUGAAGGAGUCGCUGGAGAAUGGAAUGGAGUCGGCUGUCAAAUCCCCCAUCUCUGCCUUGUGUGGCAGCACAGCCAUUAUUACAGACCACCCGCCAGAGCAGCCCUUCGUCAAUCCUCUAAGUGCUCUUCAGUCCGUGAUGAACGUCCACCUGGGUAAGGCAGCCAAGCCUGCUCUGCCGUCCCUGGACCCCAUGAGCAUGCUCUUCAAGAUGAGCAACAGCCUGGCAGAGAAGGCCGCGGUCGCCGCUUCCACCCCAGCUCAGACCAAAAAAAACAACGAGCACUUAGACCGCUACUUCUACCACGUCAACAACGACCAGCCAAUAGACCUGACCAAAGGCAAGAAUGAAAAGAGUAGCUCCCUGGGUUCAGCUGCCCUGUCGUCAUCCACAUCAACACCCUCCUCUGUAUCCCCCUCCUCCACAGCCACCAUGGCCAAGGCCUCAUCUGCUGUGGCUUCAUUCAUGUCCAACUCCCCGCUGCGUGAGAACGCCCUGUCUGACAUAUCAGACAUGCUGAGAAACCUGACAGAGAGUCAAGCCUCUAAGUCCUCCACGCCCACCAGCCUGUCGGAAAGGUCUGACCUCGAGGGUUCCACUCAAGAGGAGCUAGAGGAGAUCUCUCCAGCCCAGAAACGCAAGGGCCGGCAGUCCAACUGGAACCCCCAGCACCUGCACAUCCUACAGGCCCAGUUCGCUGCCAGCCUCCGGCAGACUGGCGAUGGGAAGUACGUGAUGUCAGACCUGAGCCCCCAGGAGAGGAUGCACAUCUCCCGUUUCACAGGCCUCUCCAUGACGACCAUCAGCCACUGGCUGGCCAACGUCAAGUACCAGCUGAGGAGAACCGGAGGGACGAAGUUCUUAAAGAACCUGGACUCAGGCCACCCAGUGUUCUUCUGCAGCGACUGUGCUUCUCAGAUCCGUUCCCCCUCCACCUACGUCAGCCACUUGGAGUCUCACCUGGGCUUCAGACUCCGAGACCUGGCCAAACUGUCUGGAGAGCAGCUUGUCAGCCAGAUCUCACGUCACGCCAAAAGCCUGUCCGAAAAACUGCUCUCCAACCACUCCAACUCUCACUCCCACGCCCACUCCCACGCCCACUCCCCGUCUCCCUCCCCUGACGAGGACAGCAGCAGCACCUCGUAUCAGUGCAAGCUCUGCAACCGGACUUUUGCAAGCAAGCACGCAGUCAAGCUCCACCUGAGCAAGACCCAUGGGAAAUCCCCAGAGGACCACCUUAUGUAUGUCUGUGAGCUUGAGAAACAGUAGCACUAAGCUGUGGACAUGCUGCACUCUCUCUCUCUCUCUCUCUCCCGUUCUCUCUUGGUCUAUCUUUAGCCUUUCACAGACAUUUCUUUCGAAAAAAGGACUAGAAACUAUUAAGUGAUGAAACUGCACAAAGAUGCCAUAGAACUACUGUUUAGUUUCGGCACAUGGUUUCUGAUUAUCUUUAAGGUCGACUCACUCUGGCCCAAGAAGCUUUUGUUUGUUUAUGCUCUCCUGUUUGCUGUUGUCACUGAUGAAACAUAUGAAGGUUAAACAAUAUUUUAAAAUGAAGUGGUAUGUAUUUGAAAGUUGUGUAAAUUGGGUUUGAUUUCUUUAUAUUUUGGCAUCAUUGAGAUGUGAUAAGCUGCAUGCAUAAAUUAAACAGUUUAGUUAAACAUUUGGUAACUAAAUCUGGUGCACUUUUCUUUUUUUUCUCUCUCUCUCUUUUGCUCUCUUUUUUUGUUAAUGUGACCUUUAUGUGCUGGUGUCAGUCAGCAUCUGAAAUUUAACCCUCUGAGUACGGCCAAGCACUUCUACCCGAAUGAUCCAAAACCCUUAUCGAAGCAAAACAUUUGAGAUUGGAAUUGACCGAGCUAUUGUGUCGUUUGUAAGCUGCACAGUGAAAGUACUACAUGUCCCUGUCCAACAGCCAAUCUCUAAAUAUGCAUCGUACGUGAUGCAAAAUCUCAAUCUGGAGUCAUUUACUUUGUUUAAUCAGGGGCCUCUAUGAAUUCAGGUCUGUGUAAAAAUGUAUAUAAAAACAUAUAUACUAAUUCCUGUCUAAAUUAUGCAUCAUUUUUAUAUUUUUAAUUUAAGAGGAGUAUGACUAUCUACUGGUGCACAAUAUAUGAAGACAUUAAUGAAAUUGUUUUGCACAAUAGUUUUAUAAAUAUGUUAUUUAAUCAAAUGAUAUGAAAAUAAGAAGAACAAAAUUACCCAGAACUCUUUUAUUUCCACCUCGUGCUCAAAGGGUUAAACCUCUAGUACAAGACAGUACAUGUGCCGGUAUUUGAACAUUAAAAUAUAAAGGUUGUACAAAAGAAGUUACUGUAAGAAGUAAUGAAGAAUUCCACAUGUAACCUCUUAUUUAUAAGCACUCUUGGUUGUCGUUUCAUAUCGUAGAAUGCCUUUCGAUUGGUAUUUCUUCUUUUUUUCCCCUGUCUAAUUACUCUCCCACAAUUCCGCACUGCAGCUUUAUCUUUUUGGGAUAUGAAAGGUAACCAUGGUUACCUCACCUCUGAUUGACAGUUCUGCUACAUUUUUGGCAGUUCAUUUGCUAAAGUAACUGACAGCUGCCAGUGUACAGAAAUCUUAGGUGUAAAAUAUUGGCAUGUAAACAGCACAGACACUGUUAUGCAUUCUGUGCCGUGUUGUUGUUGUUGUUGUUGUUGACAAUGAAGCACCCAUUAUAUGACUUCAUAUAACCUUUUUUUUUUCUACUGCAGCAUUAAAGGAAACAGUUUUUUGCAAUAA